UGUAUUGAGUCCAUGAUCACUGAUGACCUGAUCAAGAGAUUUGUUCCAGAUACUGUUUUAAUUGUUUGGGCGCCCUGCCGUUUGUUACUUGAAACACUACAGAACAAUCAACUCAGAGGUGCAAAUUCAAUCCAAUACAUGUAUACACGUAUAAAUGUGCUUGAAGACAUAAGUCAUGAGUAAGCCCACAGGGAAAGAGACCACUGUUGUGAACAUCCCCAACAAAUCAAUCGGAAAAGAAUUGGCUCUUCCCGCUAACAGCAACAAAUCUACCGGAAAGGAACCACCCAAGCGUGCCAAUCAGAAACAAAGAAGUCGUCAAAAAGCCCUAAAACUACUCUCUCCGAAAAAAACGUUCACAGAAUCAUCUACACAGACUAUGGAAGAUUGCUUAACAGAUGUGAAUCAACUAACCAAAGCAGCCCAUGUGAUUUACGCCUUCUGUCACACCAAUGCAGGGGAAAUCUUACCCACCAGAAAUGUUUUGGAUGAAUCCUCCAAGAUUCUGCAGGCUCUAUCUCAACUAAGCAAGUCCUUUGAUUUUUUUGACAUCCCAGAAACAAUACCUUUUACCAAAAAAUUAAGGGAAGAGGUGAAAUCUAUAGAUAAGUGUCAAAAUCGCUGCCGAGAUCUUAUUUCCUCUGAAGAACUGCACCAUUUCUUACCCAAAUCAAAACAAACAGGAGUAAGUCUUCUUGUCCACUGCAGGAUGUUAUUAGAGGAAUUUAAGUACAGAGAAAAAAAAUUCAGACAAGCUGUCAGUGUUAUCGUAGAAUCUGAAAAAUUGGGACCCACUAAAGCCGACAACAUCUUGUCAAAGACGGACCACAGAGAUCAAAUUCAGGACCUUGUUGACAGUGUUGCAGAAAACCAAAGGAUUAACAAUAAUCAAGAUAAAAAUGAUCUUCAUGAACAAUAUCGAGAAACAAGCAUCCGACAGAAAAAUCAAAUCCAGAAACUAGAGAUGAGGAUCGAGAAAUACGAGGAUGAAAUAGAGGAAAUUAAGCAACAAUGUCGGGAAAAGGUCAUUGAAAUAGAAAAAGAUGUCAAACUUUGCAACCAAUACUGGGAGAGAGAAAUGCAGACAGUACAAGAAAAACAGGAGGUCCAUGAUUCUCAGAGGAUGAAGUUCAUGAAAUUGCUUGAUGAUGAAAAGCAAAAAGUAGCUCUCAAGGACAAUGAAAACAAAAAGCUUAACAAAUUAUACCAUGACACUAAAGAAAAAUUAAAAGACUCUGAAAAAUUGAACUAUAACAUGUCAAAGGCAAGGCGGAAGUCCCACAGAAAUAUGGCAGAUAAAGCAUGUAGUGCAAAUCUGAAGCCAGAAUGUACUAACACACACUGCCAAACUGAAAAUGCCGUAAAUUCAGUGCCGAAAUCCAUCAAAUCUCCAAACAAUCCAACCGUAACCACUUCAGCAGCUGCCAAUCAUCAUGAGAGUCCCCACCCAAAACAUAACAACCACUUCCAUGGUCCAGUUAAUACAAUCCACCUUUACAACAUCUUCCCCGACAGAGGUUCAAAUUCUACAAUUUCAGGCAAAGACUCUGCACAGAAUGGGAGAAGCAGGUCCAGCUCUCGGAUGCUCAUUUCCUCUAGUUCUGUGGUAGAAUCAUUGAGGCAUCAACAGAACAGCCAUUACGGACCCAGUGUGGCUAUUCCACAUCGUGAAGAGGUUGACUUUGUGUCUCGUGCAGAAUCGACUAUGUCUUUCGCCAAUCCUGAAUCUUUACAUGAAGAUGAUAAUUAAAAUAAUGUAUACACUGAAAAUUCCAACACAAGAGUUAUACCCCUUUGUUCAUUCUUAUGAAUCAUAAUGACUGAUUUUCUUUUAAAAAAUAUAAAUAUCAGAAAUACUUGUACAUGUUCCUUUUAAAUCUGAUUCCUAGCUGGGUAGCUCAGUAGGUUAACAUGUCAAAUGCUGAUCUGUAGUUUUGUGUGUUUGAAUCUAGGAGGGCUUUUAAUAUUUUACUUUCUCAUAUUUCUAAUUAUAUUAAAGGUAAAUUUAAAACUUUUCAAUUUCAAAAUAUUGUACUCUCUGGUGUUAUUCUUCCGUACUCAGUACAUAUAAAAACUCUAUACAGGGUAAAUGUCAUCUCCAUUCUAUUUUCAUCCAUCAAUCUCAUUCCUAUUCUCAAUGGGUGAAUCUAAAACUUAAAGUGAAUAUAAAUCUUCAUUCAUUACUUUAAAACUUUAAAAUAGCAAGAAACAACUAUGGGCUAAUUCAAAUCUGAGUGAAACCAUUUCCCAAUGUGUACGGGCAAAAAAAGUUUAGGGUGAAAAUUUCGUUUACACAGUACUUAAGAAUAUUUUUACUGUUCCUUUUCAGUAUCAACAAUACUCAGCACUCUUGUAUGAUAUAUCUUUUUGUAUACACUGAAAGCUUAAAGGGUGUACGGGUAGCGGUCUCGCUUCUCACUGCUGCGACCCGAGUUUGACCCUUAUGAUUGGCAAUGGUUGUAUGUGACCAACAUCCGUGCAUCAAAGGAUCCCAUUGGAAAUAAGUUUUUGAGCUUUCAUGAGUUAUCCUUGGUAUUUACAUAUAUUUGUAUGCAUAUACUGAAUAAACAUUAAUUUUCUAUUUUAUUCAUCACUGCUGAUGAUGACAAAUGAUUAAAUUGUAUGGAUAUAUAACUCUGCUUGAAAAGCAUCAUAGAGAUGUAUAAUGGAGAUGUAGAGUCCCAAACACACACAAAGCAAAUCAGACUUAAAGACUGUGCAUCUGAUUUCUGCAUCUGCUAGAGCAGACUCACCACUCCCCUCACUCCUGUCUGUGUUUGUGUAAUGUGUGUGAGUUGGGGUGGGGUGGGGGGGGGGGGGGGGGGGGAGGUUAUGGCAGUCAUUGUGGGUGGAGUUAAUAAUAUGGGUGGAGUUAAUUAUAUGGGUGGAGUAAACACUGUUAAUCAUCAAAUAUCAACAUUAGUAUACAUGUACACAUGAGGGACAAAUGUGUAUGCUGUCAGUAUUUACAAACAGCAAAGAAAAAUGCUAGGGUAUGAAUUUCAGAAUUUUCUUUCUUUUCUUUUGAUUUUUAAAAGAAAUAAAUGUUUAUUGUAUAUGUAUAAGAGUUUCUGUUGUAAUAUUCAUGUGUGGUAGAUUUAGGUUGUUUAUUUUUAUGCCUCGUUCACACGAAGAAUUUGAUUCACAUUAAACGUAAGUUAAUUAAUGCGAAUUAAAUCUGAACCGCGUUCACACGGAGAUUUUAAUGCGCAUUAGUUUACUUCGAAUUAAACUUUACGUCGUGAUUUAAUGUGAAUUAAAUUUACUUCGCAUUAACUCCGUGUGAACGCAAAGCGAAGCUAAUUUACAUUAAAUGUACAAGCAUGCGUAAUGGCAAAUUUGAGACACAUGAAAAAUGUUUUAAAAUAGUGAUAUGAUUUUCUGUUUACAAUUUAACAAAUAUGCUGCUCGUUGUUAAUUUUUUAAAAUACUAUAUGACGUCAUAGUAGACUUACAUGUACAAUACAUAUUAGUAAUUGAAAAUUAUGUCACAACAGUAGUCAGCGGAAUGGUGAAAGAGACGUUCCGAGGUUUUUUAAACUGGGCUCAUGAAGAAGCAAUAUAUUGUCAAGAAUGAAUGCUGGUCGUCAGAGGAAAUGACAAGUAAUUUCUUGGGAACAUAUAAAAACAAACACGACAAAACUCCUUGUAUGUAGAUCAGUUGCAUGUACAUUGUUAACAUAAUUAUGUAUAGUGUUUUGAACAAUGAAUUCUGUAUAGAUAUACACAAUAUUCA